CUUCCUGCUUGUUAAACUAAGUUUUUUGUUGUUGUUUUUUUUUUGUUUCAACGAUUGAGGUUAAAUUGAAUGAUAUAUUGAAGACGAGUUUACGUACAUCGGUGUUUGGAUUUUUUAUAGAUAAUACCUAUUUCUUUUUUUUUGGAACAAUGAAGCUGAGUUUAAAACUGAUAUUGUAUGUAUGGUGUAUAUGGUUAAAUGUUAGCAACAACCUGGUAGAAGGAGAGAUUGAUGAACAAUGUAAAGUAGGUUGUGUAUGUUGUAUAAAUAGAAAAUGUGCACGGGGAAAAUGGUUUUCUAACGAAUGUACUCAAGGCUGUAUUGAUGGUCAUAGAUCUGCUCGAUGUUAUGAACUAUGUACACACAAUUGUACAAAAUGCCCUGAUCGUGCAGAUACGUGUACCGCGUGCUAUGAUGGCUAUUACCCCGGCCCUGCUAGAGACUGCACAUCAAAGUGUUUACCCGGAUGUAAAACAUGCACGUCAGGAACCACGUGUACAUCAUGCAAGGAGGGAUAUAAUAAUGACAAUGGUCGAAAUGAUUGUAGUAAUCGUUACUGUCCUGAAAACUGUAAUUGCAAUAACGGUCAAUGUGCAUCAUGUAAGGACGGAUAUUACGAUACGACUAAAAUAUGUAAUAGUUUAUGUCCAGGUAACUGUGUCACGUGUACAUCGAAUACUAAUUGUGGAUCGUGUAAGGAUGGUUAUUUUAACAAAAACCUCCCUUUGUUAAACGACUGUACAUACAAAUGUCGAGAUAACUGUGCACGAUGUUGGUCCUUUAAUAGUUGCUUGCUUUGUAAAGGUGGUCUUUAUGGAUCGACGUGCGACAACAGUUGUUCAGUUGGUUGUAUGUCAAACACUUGCGAUAUACUAACUGGAAGCUGUGCAUGUUCUCCUUAUUUUGCUGGAGUAAGAUGUGACGAAUGCAUAACCGGAAAAUAUGGAAAUGUUUGCGAUCAACAAUGUCCUGCAGGGUGUAAAGCUAACGUGUGUGAAAAAGAUUCCGGAGAUUGUACAGACGGAUGUACUAUAGACACGAUCGUUGGGGAUAAAUGUGACCUUUGUUUAACAGGCUGGUAUGGACAAUACUGUAACAUAUCUUGUCCUGUCGGCUGUAAAAAUCAGCAUUGCAAGAAAAGUAAUGGGGAAUGCUCAAAUGGGUGUCUUGAUAACUUUGUAGGAAGACAUUGCAUUCAAUGCAAACCUAGCAAAUAUGGAGAAUCAUGCCAAAGUGAAUGUCCAAAUACCUGUGACGAGCAAGGUUGCUUGAAAGAUUCCGGUCAUUGUUUUAAUUGCAAUCACAACUUUGUUGGAGAGACAUGUGAUAGAUGUCGUAUUGGCUUUUUUGGUUCAUUUUGUUCUGUGACAUGCCCAUCUAUUUGUUUAUACGGUGUAUGUGACAGAUAUACAGGAACGUGCUCUGAUGGCUGUGUCUUCAAUUAUUCUGGUGACAAAUGUUGUAUAAAUAAUAACAACUGUAUUACAUGUUUGUCAGAUACUACGUGUAAACAAUGUAAGCCUGGAUACUUCAAUGUCCAAUGUGACAAAAAAUGUCCUCGGAACUGUCUUAAGUCCUGUCAUAUCGAGACAGGUCUUUGUGACGGUUGCAUCGGUUACUUUUAUGGUGAUAGUUGUAAUUUUUCAUGUGCCUCUACAUGCAAAAUUCAAACAACAGGCGGAAGUUUAUGUCAGCAAAGUAAUGGAAAGUGCCUAUAUGGAUGCGCAGAUGGUUUCCACGGUUUACAAUGUUCUGAGAAAUGUUCUGUUUAUUGCAACGAUACACUUUGUGAGCAAGACGACGGCAAAUGUACAAAAGGCUGCAUAAUAAAAGUAAAGAAUGACCACAUUUGCCCUCUGACACCAGACACAAAGUCCUCAGAGCAUUCAGUAAAUACAGCUGCUAUAUCUCUUGGAACACUUCUUGCAGUGUCAGUUGUUGUUCACAUCAUAUUUGUGGUUACGUUGAUUCUCUGGAAAUACCGAAAAAGGGUCAAUGAUUCUUACAAGACGAAAGGACCUGUAUAUGAAAACUCUCGUAAAUAUACAUCUUAUUUCUAACUAAUAAAUGAUUUCUCUCAUUAUAAAUUUU